AUGAGGUGCAUUAUUGAAGGACAUGGUGUAAAGGUGUUUGGAAGGGCUGUUCAUGCUCUGUCACGGAUUGGUGAUGAAAUUUGGUUGGAGCCAUUGCAGAAAGGGCUCGCUGUUAGGGCAGUGAACACAGCACAUUCAGCAUAUGCCUGCUUCCUCUUCUCACCCCUGUUCUUUCAACACUAUACCCCAAACCUAGAUGAACUUAAAGAAAAUAAAACUGUCAAGUGCAAAGUGUCUUUGAAGUCAGUGCUGCCCCUCUUCCGUAGCGUGGCCACAAUAGAGCGCAAUGUGUACAGAUGUGAGUUAUCUAUCAACUUCUUAAACAACAGGGUGAUAUUCCAGUUUAACUGCAAACAUGGAAUAACCAAGACACAUAACUUGGGGUACCAAGAGUGUGAAGCUCUGCAAGCUGUGUUUCCAACACACCUUUGUCCUAACAUUCUAAAGGCACAGCCAAAACUUCUUAGUGACAUUGUGAUGCACUUCCCAACCUCACAAGAGGAAAUCACACUCUCCAUAUCACCUAUAAAAGUAAAAUUUAAGAGCUACUUUGAAGAGGAGAACGAUCACAUCAGGAGCAUGUAUACAGAGAUGUCUGUGCAUCCUGAUGAGUUUGACUACUUUCAGGUUGGGGUGGACUCAGAUGCAACCUUCUGUUUAAAAGAACUGAGGGGUUUACUGUCAUUUGCUGAGACCCAUGGUCUUCCAGUGUCUGUCCACUUUGGUGUACCUGGAAGGCCAGUGUCUUUCAGUGUGGAGGAUAUGGUGCUGGAGGCUGUUGUGGUAUUGUCCACUCUAGUGAUUCCAGCCAGCGAGAAUCUGUCGCAGGUUUCUAUUGUCCAGGAAGCUCCAGUGCCAAGGAACAUCAGUGAUGUCUGUCCAGCAAGCACCCCCAUAGCUGACAACUCCAUAGUGGACAUCGCCAUACAUGAGGGUCCUUUAGAGGCAGAGGUUGCUGGCGUGCCAUCCGAGCAUUCAACUUUCCCUCCUCGGGAGCAGGUGGCCUCUAGCCAGGGAAGUCCAGUCUUCUGCCCAGCCUUCCACAUGAGGAAUCUCCUGCAACUCCACAGAGAAGAAGUGGACCUUUUAAGACCUAAAGUGGUAUGGGGUGUUAUCAAUAUUGUUUUAUACCAGAUUCAUUCUCUGCUCUUUGGAGCUGUAUUGAGCAACCUGGCAGAUGGCAAUGCAUCAGAACUGCCCAGCCUGGUGUGUGCCAGUGACAUCGAGGAUGAUGCUGGAGAUGAUGGUGUCAGAGUGGAAGAGUAAUUCAGGUAACAUACCAAAAGGGAGACAAAGAAGAUUUAACAAUUGCAUGUAGUUUAGAGGCACUAAGAGUAUGCAGAUAUAGACUACACUCUUCCAUAUUGGUUGAUACUGUAAAUAUAUUUAAACCAGGCUCUUUAACUUUGAUGUGGCUAUAAAAACAAUCAAAUAUUAUAUUGGGACAGUGAUUUCUUACAGUUUAGAACAACAAUAUGUCAUUUCUUUUCAUUUAUUCACAUUUUGUUUCAGUUCUGUGUGUGUAUAUGUUAAUUUCAGUUAUGUGCCUUACUCAAGUGUUAUAUUUUUGUAGCAAUUACACAUUCUAUCAAAAUAUCUAAAAGUUGAGAUGGAAGCUUCAAUACAACUACUUAAAUGAAUCCUCUGUGGUUUACCACUCCAGUGUUUAUGGAGGAACAUUUGUAUAAAUAUUUUAUUCCAAAUUGCUUGAAUUUUCAAAGUGGCUUUGAUGAAAUGUACUUGUGCACUAGUGAAUACCUUCUGCAUUAAAAUUUGCUUAACUACAUCAAUAUGUGCAUGAGCACAAAGGCUUUGGAAGUGCAUAACAGUGAAUACCAUCUUAUUACUUAUUCUCAAAUAAAUCCAGCACACAAGUUAAAAAAAUAAACCUUUAUUAGAUCAUGUGACCCAUCACAUAUCCACUUUAAGCAUUCACAGAUGCUAGCAUUAGCCUUGUGCGUUAACAGUAUACACCUCAAGGAAUAUUUAAAAUUAAGUUAAAAAAAAAAAAA